ACACGAUGUAAUACCAAAGUUUAAACACAAUUCUGUUAUACUGAACAACCUGUGGAGUAACGACGACGACAGUACUCUCAUAUCCAUCGUUUUAGACGACUGUCUUUCCAAUUUCUGUAUAAUAUCUAUUACUACACGUAAAUUCAACGGACGCGAAGAAUUGAAUGCGGCGUCGCCGGUGUAACAUUCUUUGAGGUAUUCCGGUAUAGUUGUUUGAGACCACGCUAAUUGCAACUCUGUACACAUAGAAAGAAAUAUUUACAAUAAUUGCACCGACAAGCAUCGUGGCAAGUAUUACUCCAUUAAUUGAGGAUUAACUGUGAAAAAUGAAUAUUUAUUAUAAUCUCUUAACUUACCACAACACGCUAUCCAUAGUACAAUCUGGAUGAUUGUCAUAUUUGUGAUACAGAGAGUCAUAAUGUAUUUCACUGGUAGUCUACUAAGUGUGUUAUGCUUCCGAUAUCUAUCUUGAUCUUCCCGGCUACUCACCCGACUAAUCGUGUAAGAAUGGGAAAAAGAUUAUGUCCUAUUUUAAUCAUGAUAAGAUAAUUGCCAGUAAGAAAUUUCAUUUCUAUAAUGAAGGAACGACCAAAGCCUCGUAUAGCUUUCUUUUUAUCAUAUGUGAGAUAUUAUUUUCAACACAGACUUCUAUUUAACGUGUUGAAGAAACAGUUACCGUUUCAAACGUUAAUCGUUAUGCAAGUAGAGUUUUUUAAUGCAUCAAGUUGAGACAAAAUACGAGGUAAUGAGUAAGAAUAUUUUAUUCGUUUUAUUUUCCUUUACAUUACCUACUGGACACCUAUAAUAAGGUGGGGUACCUGUUACUCAUGAUGUGUCAUAUUAUCUUAUCAGAUUAGUGAUAGGUACCACUAUAUCUGUAGAUAGGUGUGGUGUAUUUUACUACGGUACAUGGUGCUGAAGAAAUAUCAUUCAUUCUGUGCUAAAAGUAUUCACCAAUCAAUUAUUAUCAAACAGAAUGGCUAAAUUAUUGCAUUUAUGUUACUUUACUGUUGCUAUAUUGGAAAUUCCAAUCUUAUUCCUUCAAGGUGUUUGGGGGCAAGAAAAUGCAGUCCGAAAUCUAUCGCCCUCCCUUCACGAAUGUUACGACAAUAAAUUCAUUUUACAACGGGAUAACAGAUUACCGCAUACUAUAAACACAUUCAUUUCAAUACUGAGAAAAAUCGAAAAUUCAGAAGGUCUUAAUAUGGAUUUGAGAAGUUUAUCUGUUGCCCUUCUACAUCGUUUUCGACAAGAUGGGAUCACAGCUAAUCCCGAUGUUCCUGCACUGGAUGGAGUGACACCUUAUGCACCAAAUGAUUUGCAAUUCUAUCGACAUGCUCGAACCCUUGGAUUCAUACCAGGAAAUGCUCUCCAUUUUCCUAAUAACAGUAUCACAAACAUUGAACGGUGUACAUUGCAUUUCAUGCUAUCCAGUAGCAUAGAAACUUUGCAGAGAGGUGACGAAGCAAAAGUUUGCAGAUACUCAAGCUUAUAUAGACACGCAAGAAACAUUAAGCAUACUGAUGAACCGACAAGCGAAGAUACCAUCAAUGAUGCAGAAACCUUGACAUCGGAUGAAUUAAAAACCAUGACUAACCAAAAAGAUGGAGGCGCCAAGGUUACGGAUGAUCCAAGUUCAUUAUAUCCAGCAUUACCACCUAAUCAUCCGGAUAAUGGUAAAAUGAUUGGUUCAAUGACAUCAGCACCCCAAAGCAAAUGCCCCGUAGAGAAUGGUGUCAUCAAGACCCCCUGGGGUGUUGUUAGUCCUGGCUUGGUUCUUUCUGCAGUAGCAGCUGCAACGCAACCGGAAAUAAUUAAACUUCAAGAUAUACAACCUAAUUUAGUACAAGCAAAUAAUCCACAACUUUCAGGAUUGACUAUAGAUAAUAUAUGGUUUGCCACUUUAGCCGGAGAUUUGGCGGAAGUUGCUUUAACACGAGGACCUCUAGGAAAAAUUAGCGUAGGAGGAAUUGGUCAUUGGAACUCUACUGCUUUGCCACGUUGGUAUUUCCUGGAUUCCAAUGAUACACUGGAAAUGACAACAGCAGAAAUCAGAGGCGACAUAGACGGCUUAAUCUUGGCUAAUGAAAUUAAUAAAUGGUACUCGAGGAUUCCCAGCUUAAAGUUAUCACAAAUAUUUGAUAUGUACUAUAGCACGCAAGGGUUGUUUGAUUCCUCGAUCAGAGCAUGUAACCGCAGAACAUUGUUCACAUCUGUUGCUCCUAAUGAAACUAUGUCUGCGCAGGCGUAUAGUGCUGCUGUAUUGUUAAAUCCUGAUAUAGCAACGGCAACACUCGAUCCCAUAAAAAUAAAAGAAUUUUCGGUACAAGCUGUAAAUGACUUAGCAAGAUACGUUCCUUCGUCGAUGAACGAUGAUCUUUCAUGCACGGAUACAGAUAAAUUGAAUGACUUGAAUAAAGCGUAUGUUGAUUUGACUAUCAUUCUUGAUACAAAUUGGCCAUUCUCUGCGAUACAGUCCAUCCUUGCAACGUUACUGGAGAGCAUAGAUUUGAAUCAAUUUAACAGUAACUUCACAUUAAUAAAUGGCUACGACGGAAGUGUAAUUAUUAAUAGCACAUACAAUAUCCUAGAGUUCUAUGCUUACAAUUCGUCGCACUACGACAAUAUUACGCAUGGUUUCGAUUUGCCCAAGUCGAUCGAUAAACUGUGGUAUUACUCGAGGAGUAAAUUAGAGAACGAACGCAACAAAGGAAUCGGCGGUGCUAGAUCUGACGUCGUUUUAAUUAUUCCAUAUAUAUCGACCAUUUCUAUAAGUGAUAAGGAUUACUGCUUGCAAAAUAUAGUACGGAUGCGUGAGCAGAUACCAGAUACAACAUUACUUAUUAUGGCAUACGGAUCGAAGGACAUGUGGUCUGAUCUCGUUAAAAAUCCUACAUCGGAUUUGUUCACUAUUAGCAUCGGUGACACAAUGGAAGCUUUGUCGCCAGUAAUCACUUUAGUCUCCAGAAUAAAGCAAGUUCCUAAGCGUUUGAUCAAUACGCAGUGUGGUGAAAAUUAUAAGUCAAAUGGAUCUUCUAAUCCGUAUGUUGAUCAAGUUGCACCAAACGAAAUAAAAUUGUAUAGCUUACAUCCCAAUUAUUUCUUCAAGCAUGAGGGUUACGCCACAGUGAAGAUUCAAGGCUCUAAUUUGGAUAACUUAAAUGUGUGUUGGGCACGGGAACCGUUAGAUGUUAAAACGCAAAACGUAUCGUCUAAAACAUGUGCCUCGGUAGCUGCUGACGUAUACGAUAUUAAAGUUUCUUGUGCCGAUGCUACUUUCAUCCAUAAGUGCCCGCCACUUUACAUGUCCGUAGCUACGAACGCCACAAGUGUUUCUUCGCUGUGUACAGCUCGGGAAUGCAGAUAUCCUAAUUCAGUAAAAUAUACAAUAUCUUACGAGGAUUUAGUAUGCGUCAGCAGUGCAAGCAAAUUCGCAGCCAGUUCGCUUGUUUUACUUGUACUAUUAAUAUUCUUUCAUGUAUAACAAAAAAUCUUUUUAUUAUUUAGACUUGUGAACAAAUUAAUCGUCUAGCAUUUCUUUUCGAUGAGUAAACAUUGAAAUAAUAUUUAAGGAAUAUCUUAUAUUAAAUGUGUUCAUACAUAUGUAAUAAUGUGUUCAACCAAUUACAAAUAUAAAUUUAGAAACAUU